UUUCAGUGACAGACAGCUGACAGUUUGUACUAGAAUUGGAAAAGAAAAACAUUAAUUCUUAUCCGACGUAGGAAAAUACUUGGUUAGCUCCGAAUGUUUCGCUAAGGAAAAUUCUCACCUAUAGGGAUUGUGAAAAAAGCCGAUGCCAUGAUUCGAGAAGAUGACCCUCAGUUUCGGAUUACUCCAUUCCAGCAAAUGGCAUCGGCAUGUUCCGGUGCUCUUAUAACCUCGUUAUUCAUGACUCCACUAGAUGUGGUUAAAAUAAGACUUCAAGCACAGCAGAAGGCUUUGCUCUCGAAUAAAUGUUAUUUGUACUGCAAUGGGCUCAUGGAACACAUAUGUCCCUGCGGAGACUCUGCUUGGAUUCCGAGACGAGUACAUUUCAAUGGCACAAUGGAUGCUUUUUAUAAAAUAGCAAAAUCGGAAGGAGUUCCUGCUUUAUGGUCUGGGCUAAGUCCUACAUUAGUCCUAGCCCUUCCAUGCACAGUAAUUUAUUUUGUCACUUAUGAGCAACUGAGAUAUAGAAUGAAAACAAAUUACAAUAAUUUUACUAAUAAGGCGGGUCAGCCAAUGUGGAUUCCAAUGCUAGCAGGAGCAACAGCCAGAACGAUAGCAGUUACUAUUGUCAGUCCUCUAGAACUAAUAAGAACAAAAAUGCAGUCGAAAAAAUUGACAUACUCAGAAAUAAUGUCUGCAUUAAGCCAAGUCGUAAAAUAUGAAGGAUAUAAAGGACUCUUUCGUGGAUUGGGCUCUACGUUAUUGAGAGAUGUACCAUUCUCAGGUUUAUAUUGGACCACAUUUGAGACGACAAAGAAGUUAUUUAACAAACCUGACUCUGAAAAGAAUACAUUUUUGUUUAAUUUCUUUUGUGGAUCAGUCGCGGGCAGUAUUGCGGCGUUAGUAACACUUCCAUUCGACGUUGUCAAAACACAUCAACAAAUAGAAUUAGGUGAAAAAGAAAUCUAUACAGAUGGUAAAGUCCAUCAAAGAGCAUCAAAUAUGAAGGAUAUAGCACACACAAUAUACACCAAUCAUGGAUUUAAAGGAUUGUUCACUGGUUUCCUGCCUCGAAUAUUCAAAGUGGCACCAGCAUGUGCGAUUAUGAUUGCAACCUUCGAAUAUGGAAAACAGUUUUUCCAAACAUAUAACACUCAGAAAUAUAAGGAAAAGAUGCAAAGGCACCAAGAAAUAGUGUUGAUGAGCCAAACAGCCAAAAAUGAUUAUUCAUAAAACGACAAACGGGAAUAUCACUGUUUAGUUAAUUAAUAGAAUACAAUAAAUGUGAUAGAACUGUAGUACAGUUUGUAUUUUAUGGCUGUUCAUGUUGUUUAUGGUUACCAAAUGUACACUAACUUUAAAGUACCAUUUCCAAUUGGUAUGUAGUUGAAAUAUUGUUUUUCAAUGUUGUCAGAAGUAGUACACACUAAUACAUAUUUUUAGGAAUAAGAUAUUGCUAGUAAAUCACUAAAAUAUACCUUAGGUGUUGAAAUUUAAAGAAAGAACAAGUGAUGACUCUGCUGUAAACAAAUUUGCACUGUUUUUUAGUAGUUUCAUUAGUACAUUGCUUUGUCCAUGUGAAAAAUAUUCAAUACAAGCUUCCAAAUUAUAAAGUAAAAUCUUAACUGGUGAUUUAAUCUAUAUGGAUUAAUAGGUUCAAGAAGAUUUCAGAAUUUGUAUAACAUGGUAUGAAAUUGUACUCAAAUUGGUUUAGUGGUUUAAAAGAUGAAGGAAUCCUGUGGUGUUUCAGGAAUAAAAUAUAUCAUUCGUCUUUUUUCUGGUCUCUAAACUUUCGUACUGAAUUUUACGCAAAUGUGUUGUGAAAGGAAAGACU